AAUGUGAACGGACGCGAAGUGCCAAGUGCUCGAGUAGACACGUUUAGAUGAAUACCUGAGGAGGACAGACCUUAUACGAGAGAACCUUGAAAACCAACCAAGGGAACCUAUGCAUAUCCCCAUAAACCUAUCGGAAUCACCAUUGCAAAAUACGUUAAAACUUUCUUAGGCUUGGCUGGCAUUGAUAUUAAGACGUUCAGCACCCAUUCUACAAGGAGUGCGUCUACCAGCAAGGCAGAGGACAUAAGCGUACCUAUAAAGACAAUCGCAAAAGCGGCAGGCUGGAGAGGCCUUAGCACGUUUGCAAAACAUUACAAAUUGCCCAUAAGCAAGAACUUUGGGAACGCACUUCUUAAAUGUUUAUAAACACAUUUACUUGCGUUAGAUUCUGUAUAUAUAUAUAUGUAAUAGACAUGUACCGUUAUGGUACAUUGUGGCAUUGCCAGGAGUUAUAACAGACAAACCAUAAAUAUGUAGUUCUGUUUAAUCAUAUACUGGUCCUCGCCCAGUUUUUACUAAACUGUUUGUUGAAUCCAAAAUAGGUGGCUUUGAAAUCUCAUUUGAAUACUUACGAUCAGAGGCUAAAUUAUUAUUUACACAAUUAGACAAAUGAAUUAAUUAUUUUUUACACAAUUAGACAAAUGAAAUGAAGUUUAAUUAAAAUAAUAAUUUAGCUCUGAUCUAAGUAUUCAAGUGCCCACCACCACUCCCCUAACACCUUUAGCACUAUUAUUCACUAUUUUGGCCUUCACAAUGGGUCUUUGAAGCAGGAAAUUUACGGAAGCCGAAUCUCACUUGAAUACUUAGAUCAGAGCUAAAUUAUUAUUUUAAUUAAACUUCAUUUCAUUUGUCUAAUUGUGUAAAAAAUAAUCAAAUCUGCUUGAUCAUUUACAAGUGGCUAGUUAGUUAUUCCAGUGUAUUUUUAUUAGUAGUGCUGCCUGUAAGAUCUGAGAAAAAAUAAGCUAUGUAUGUAUCAAUUCUCGCAAACGUAUGGCGCGCUAUUUAAUAGCAUUUGUUGUGGCAGGAAAUAGAUGCUAGAUUUGGUGAAAAGAGGUCUCUUUUUUGGAUUUUUUCUCAUUGAAACAUCGUUGAGGUAUAAACUAUUAUCGAGUGUAUCUAGAUUGAUGCUGUCUGAUUUAUUUCAAUUCGUUUUAAGAAUGCCUUUUUGCCCAAUCUUGGAACACACCCUGGCCGUAGAUUAGUGGUUAUAGCUCUCGUACUCUGUGCGGGAGACCGGGGUUCGAUUCCUCUUGACGGCGAUUCAACACGGGCGAGUGAAUGUUACUAUAGCCCCUGGUUAACCCAAGCCAUGUGAGGGAAAUUGGGAAGAUGGCACACUGUGUGGGCUGUUGGAUGUUGCAGGGAGUUGUCUAGUAGAGCGCGCGGGCUCUAAUUGGGUCUACGUAGCUCAAAAUGAGCUUUAAAUACUCUAGGACUCUCCAUCUAAGCCAUGGCCCCUCCUGGAAAUAAUAGACAGGGUAUAUCCCUCGAUAUUUGUGAGGCUAGCCAUGUAAAAUAUGCACAUCUAUCUAUCUAUCUAUCUAUCUAUCUAUCUAUCUAUCUAUCUAUCUAUCUAUCUAUCUAUCUGGACUACCCAAAUGUAUAGACUUAGCUACAUUUUCAAUCUUAGAACAAUUGUGGAAUGGAAAACAAAGAGAACAAUAAAAUUUUAAGACUGCACCUCUGGAGAGGAGCUUUAAAUCAAAACUUUUCUUGGCAAAUCAAAAAAAUUUUGUGUGUGUACACAUACCCCAAAUAUGAUUUUUUAAUGGGCCUGAGGAGAAUGUUUGUUGAGUCUUGCAAACAACAGAGCUUGUGCAGCACUUCCCUUCUUUAAAAUCCAAACUAAAAGGCGUCUGAAGAUGGGCCUAACAUGCUCUCCUGCCCAAUCCUGUGACUCCCUGCUUUGUCUUAAGACUGGGUAUUUUUAUGUCUGAAGAUUGGGUAGUGUCCUAAAAGAUUGGGCGAAUGACAGAAUGAAUUGAUAAAUACUUUGCUUCACCUAGUACCCCAUCUUUUUUCCUGCCACGCAAAUAUCUAAGCUGAAGAGAGCUUACCACUGAAAAUGUAAACAAUGGAAUUUGUCUAUAAACUUUGAGUUAUAAAUUAUAAUACAAGUUAUCGAUUAUAUAUAUAUAUUUGUACUAAGUUAUCAAUUAUAAUACUAAGUUGUCGAUUAUAUUAACAUUGUAAAGUGCAUAUUUGCAUGUAGUGGUCUGCAGUGUUCUGCAGUGUCCUUCAUCUUUAACAACUCUCUUAAUCAAUCCUAUCAUGUAGGUUCUGUUUUAUGGUCCUCAGGCUGAUCCAGGCCAAUUCGGACAUCAGUAUUCCGAUUCUUGGAACAUCUAAUUUAGGCACCUAAAAUAGAGACACAUAAUUUCAAAAUGUUUGAGAAUUUCUUUAUUUCUUAUCUUCUGGAUAUUUUUAGAGUUUUUAGAAAAGCACAAUCGUUAAUUAAAAAUUUAAAAAAAUCACAACACUGUUUUGGCAAAAAGUUUUUGUUUUUAAAUUGAAAUCCUUCAAGGUGCCUUAUUGUUUGAGGUUUCCACUUUAAUUGUUCAUCCGUGAAUGUUGGUGGUCAUUGUUUAUAAAUUUUUUAUUUUGUAUAUCAACAGUGUUUAGGGACAUUUUAAGUUUCUUUUUUGGGGCAAACAAAAAAGCAGCUUUGAAUAUUGGCAGCUCUAUAUUGUUUAAGUGCUAAACUUAUACGUUCAAAAGGACAGUGUUUUUGCAUUUCAAUUCUAAUAAAGGAAGCUCAAUGUGCAGAGGAAAAAUAAUGAAAAACGAAGAUUUCUUGAGAAAAUAUUGAAACUUAGGUACCAAUUCCUUCAGCCUUAAUAUGAGAGUAUUUGUUUAAAAGAAGUUAGGCUUUUAUAUUCAAAUAUAGCUGGUUUUUUGUUGUUGUUUUUAAAGCAAGCUUUUUGAGAAUUGUGAUGCCUUGAUGACCCAUAUUCUUAUAUUGAAACUUUGUUUAUGUUACUAUUGGUAACUUUGAUAUUUCAGUUUACUACUUAAACUUAGCUGGCAAGCAGUUGUAGCUUAUAAUAAUGUUUUUUCAAUGACCACUAUUGAAUAAGAUCUUUUUUAGGUUUUUAAAAACCACUGAUCUUUUAAUUACUGUUCUGUACUUCUUGUUAGAUUUUAACAACAAUAUUUGUUGUUAAACAACAACAAUAUUUAUUCAGGAUCUUUACAGGUACAAAUGCUGGAAAAUGUCAAAGUCGAAAGCUGGUAUAUUUGUUGCAACUUCUUCAGCUGUAUUUAGUGGUUACUAUGCUACGAAACACUUUACAACAAAAAUCCGCUGCCUGCAGUCUGUGACAUCUCCUGUUGAGGCCAAUGCAAUAUUUUCUGAGUGGAUAUCAAACUGGUUUAAGGGAGUGAAGAUAAAAAGUCCAACUUUUAAAGUACCAGGAGAAUGUAUUAAAGUUUUAUCCAAGCCCGAAGAGUUUUACAAGACUUUGUUGCAACUUUCAUCCACUGCUACUUCAAGAAUAGUAUUGGCUUCUCUUUACCUGGGCAAUGGAGAGAAAGAACAAGUUCUUGUUGAUACGAUCCACAAGAAUCUGAAAUCUCUUGAAACACCGUUUGAGUUCAACGUUUUACUGGAGUGCACUCGUGGCUCGCGUGGUGUAAAAAAUUCCAGGACAAUGCUACUACCCAUAGUGCAACAAUUUCAAAGUACUACCAAUGUAGCCCUGUUCCAUACACCGAAUCUACGUGGAUUGCUAAAAGCCAUUGUACCAGAACGUUUUAAUGAAACAAUCAAUGUAUCUCAUUUGAAAGUUUACUUAUUUGAUGAUACUCUUGUGUUGAGUGGUGCGAAUUUGAGCGUUGAUUACUUCACGAAUCGUCAAGAUCGUUACAUCAUAUUUGAGAAUUGUAAAGGGUUAUGUGACUACUACCAAGAUCUGGUCAAGACUUUAUCUAAAUUCUCCUUUUCCUUACAACCUAAUGACUCGUUAAAAUUAAGUUCGGACUUUUUGCAUCACCCUUACAAGGGUUCGAAGAGGCUAUUUAACACUGAGGCUAAUAGGCUGUUAACUGAAUUUACAAAGCGGCACGUUGGAAAAACUUUGGAAGAACAUUUCUUGGAAUUAAUCCAAAACAAAAGCGAAAGUAAUGACACCCUUGUGGUUCCUUUGUUACAAAUGCGGACAAUGAGGAUAGACCAAGAUGAACUUGUCACAAGAAAUAUUUUAGCUUCGGCACCUGAAAAUACGAACUUGUUAUUAGCGACGGCCUAUUUUAAUCUCACAAACGAUUAUUGGAAUGCCAUACUUAAAUCGAAACCGAAAGUGGAUCUUAUUAUGGCACACCCAAAAGCCAUGGGUUUUUAUAAAGCCCCUGGUAUGGCAGGGGGUAUACCAAACGCUUAUAGUUUAAUUUCCAAACGAAGAUAUCAAGAUCUAGUAAAUUUAAAUGAAGUAGAAAGAGUCCAAUUUUUAGAAUUCCAUAGACCUGGCUGGACAUUUCACGGAAAAGGUUUGUGGGCAUUUAUAGAAUGUACAACUAGUAAGAGUGAACACAAAUUUCAUUCAUCACCUUUUCUGACACUUAUUGGUUCUCCAAAUUUUGGUAAAAGAUCUGUAUUCCGUGACAUGGAAUCACAAGUUGCUGUUUUGACACUAAACAAGAAUUUGAUGCAGGAAUUGAAAAAAGAACGUGACCGGAUGAAAAAAGAUACAACCCAAGUUACCAUAGCUACCUAUAAUGAAGAAGAACGGAAAAUCGUCUGGUGGGUCUAUCUCAUAGCAACGUUCAUGAAUGAAUUGUUUUGAACAAAAGUAAAUGUCUUCAUUUCGCUUGCCACACAAAAUAAUAUUUUUAAAAAAUAACUUUUUACACAAAA